CCUCCUCUGCCUGCACCCCUGCCUCCGCCUCUGCCCACCGGGCCCCGGCCUUACAACUGCCCAGGACGGCUCCCGGGCAGCCGCUGUGAGACAGACAGACACCAGGUCACCCCUCUCCGCUCCAGCUGGAAAGACUCGAGUUAGACAAGCAGAAGCACACGCCUCCCUACCUCAUGGCGACGGAAAACGGAGCAGUGGAGCUGGAAAUCCCAAGCUCAUCAACAGACGCAGCACCAAAGGGUGCAGCAGGCGAAGGACCCCCAGCUGCAGAGAAAGACCCUGGGCCCCCAGAUCCACAGAAGGAUCCUGGGCCCCCAGAUCCACAGAAGGAUCCUGGGCCCCCAGAUCCAGAGAAGGAUGCUGGUCCCCCAAACCCAGAGAAAGAACUUGGGCCCCCAGACCCAAAGAAAGAACCUGAUCCCCUCAACUCGACGAAAGAUACUGAAGCCCCGGCCCCAGAGAAAGGGGAUGGGGCCUCGGCCCAAGCCUCAACCACCAGCCAGGGCCCUGAGGGAGAAGGAGGCCUGCAGGGAGAGCCUGCGGAGGGCUCUGCUGGGCAGCUGGCAGCCCUGCCCCAGGAGACAGCAACAACCAAGGCCGACAUCAAAAAGCCCGAGGCUGAGCAGAAGACCCCGGGCAGCCAGGACCCUGGAGAAGGCAAUUUGCACAAGAAGGUAGCAGAGGGCCAAGCAGCGAGCAAGAAGGGCGCACCCGCCUUUCUGCACAGCCCCAGCUGCCCCGCCGCCAUCUCGAGCCUUGAGAAGCCACUGGCCGAGAAGCCCCUAGAUGAGACAUCAGACCUCAUCUUUGAAGGGGUGCCUGUGACCCCUGGUCCCACGGAAAGGGAGCCAGCCAUGGUAGCUGAAGGAGAGAAGAACCUCCCGGGAGGCAGCCAGAAGGAAGAAGAGAAGGCUGCAGGCCAGGCUGGCCAGGCUGGGGUGCAAGGGGACACCUCGAGAGGAAUCGAAUUCCAGGCCGUUCCCUCGGAGAGAGCAGAGGUGGGGCAGGCCCUCAGUCCCACAGCCAGGGAGGAGGACUGCUUCCAGAUUUUGGAUGACUGCCCACCGCCCCCAGCCCCAUUCCCCCACCGCAUUGUGGAACUGAGGCCCGGGAACAUCAACAAUCAAUUCAGCCUGAACUCCAAGGAGGCACUGGGCGGCGGCAAGUUUGGAGCGGUCUGUACCUGCACAGAGAAGGCCACAGGCCUCAAGUUGGCAGCCAAGGUCAUCAAGAAACAGACACCCAAAGACAAGGAAAUGGUGUUGCUGGAGAUUGAAGUUAUGAACCAGCUGAACCACCGCAACCUGAUCCAGCUCUAUGCGGCCAUCGAGACCCCGCAUGAGAUAGUCCUCUUCAUGGAGUACAUCGAGGGCGGCGAGCUCUUCGAGAGGAUUGUGGACGAGGACUACCAGCUGACUGAGGUGGACACCAUGGUGUUUGUCAGGCAGAUCUGCGAUGGCAUCCUCUUCAUGCACAAGAUGAGAGUUCUGCAUCUGGACCUCAAGCCAGAGAACAUCCUGUGCGUCAACACCACGGGCCAUUUGGUGAAGAUCAUCGACUUUGGCCUGGCACGGAGGUAUAACCCCAACGAGAAGCUGAAGGUGAAUUUUGGGACCCCAGAGUUCCUAUCCCCUGAGGUGGUGAAUUACGACCAAAUCUCCGAUAAGACAGACAUGUGGAGCCUGGGGGUCAUCACCUAUAUGCUGCUGAGUGGUCUCUCCCCCUUCCUGGGAGACGAUGACACAGAGACCCUGAACAACGUUCUAUCAAGCAACUGGUACUUUGACGAGGAAACCUUUGAGGCCGUGUCAGACGAGGCCAAAGACUUCGUCUCCAACCUCAUCGUCAAGGACCAGCGGGCCCGGAUGAGCGCUGCCCAGUGCCUCGCCCACCCCUGGCUCAACAACCUGGCAGAGAAGGCCAAGCGCUGUAACCGCCGCCUCAAGUCCCAGAUCUUGCUUAAGAAAUACCUCAUGAAGAGGCGCUGGAAGAAAAACUUCAUUGCUGUCAGCGCUGCCAACCGCUUCAAGAAGAUCAGCAGCUCGGGGGCACUCAUGGCUCUGGGGGUCUGAGCCCCGGGGAGCAGCUGAGGCCUGGACGCAGCUGCGCAGUGGCCAGGGCUGAGGCCACACAGCCCAGAAGGCCGGAGCAGAUGGGCCAGAUCGCCGGGCAAGGCUGGCCAGGACGAGGCUGCGCCAGGCUGGGAGGCUCGGGGCUCCCACGCCCCCACGCAGUGACUGCUUCCCCGACGUGAGCCGCCUCAGAUGUGGCCUGACUCCAUCCUGCUAGCACCUCUUCAGACAGGGCUCUGGCCCCCAGCACAGCCCGGACGCCACGGGCCCUGUUGUUCCUGCCUGGCUCCCCUUCUUGGAACUGCUGCUCUGGUGACCCCUGCUUGGCCUCACCUGGGGCAUCCCUGGCCUGGGCUUGCUCCUAGCUAGAGUGGGAGGGCUGGGGGUCCUGGCAUGUGGGGCUUCUGCAGUUGUGGGUGGGAGGCCUCGGUGGGGCAGGACGGCAGACUGCCGGUUUCUAAGGCGCAGCUGCCCAGGGAGACAGAGCAGGCUUUGUGAAGGAGGGCCUCCGUGUCCCCACCCGCCCGUCUCCCCACUCCCAACAGAUAAGGCUUAGCACACACCAUCUGGUGCAGGGCCCGGCCCCCGCCCACCUUCCUUGCGACCACCAACAUACAGGAACUCUGUGUGAGAGAGAAGACGCCCAGCCCAGGCCUGGGUGGAGGGGGAGGGGAGAGGCCUGGGGGACAGGGGAGACCACCCCCGAGCUUGCCUGAAGGCCAAGCCAGCCUAACCCAGCCACUCCGGCCCCCAUUCCAGGGGUCACCCACGGCCUCAGAGGAUGGUGUCGGCAGGCCCAGAGGAGUGGGAAGGCUGUCGGGCAGCCCCCAACCUGCUCUCAGCUUGUGCCAUGUAAAUAAAUGUACAGGUUGGAAGUGGCCCCCUCC